GAAACUGACUAUACAUGUGGUUUAGUAUAGAAACUGACUCUGUCUCUGUGUUUCAGUAUGGGAACCCAGAUGCAGGAGGAGUGGAGCAUGUUCCUCUGGGAUGGGACUACUGGAUCGCUCUGGAGAGGAACUCUAAGUACUACAACUAUACUCUGUCUGUGAAUGGGAAGCCUAAGAAACAUGGAGGGAACUACAGCGAAGACUACCUGACAGACGUACUGACCACCAUGUCUCUAGACUUCCUCCAGUAUAAGUCUAACUACCGCCCGUUUUUCAUGAUGGUGUCGACCCCAGCCCCCCACUCCCCAUGGACCUCCGCCCCGCAGUACCAGGACCGCUUCAAGGAUCUCAAGGCCCCCCGAGACCCCAACUUCAACGUCCAUGGGAAGGACAAGCACUGGUUGAUCAGACAGGCUAAGACUCCCAUGACCAACUCCUCUAUUGAGUUACUGGAUGAUGCCUUCAGGAAACGGUGGCGUACUCUGCUGUCAGUGGAUGACCUGGUGGAGAAGGUGGUUAAGAGGUUAGAGGUCAGAGGUGAAUUGGAGAACACUUACAUCAUCUUCACCUCAGACAACGGAUACCACACAGGUCAGUUCUCUCUCCCCCUGGAUAAGAGGCAGCUGUAUGAGUCUGAUAUAAGAGUUCCUCUACUGAUCCGAGGGCCCAACAUCAAGCCUAACCAGACCACCGGGCUAGCGGUCCAGAACGUUGACCUGGGUCCUACCAUCCUGGACAUGGCUGGUUAUAACGUCAACAAGACUACCAUGGAUGGCAUGUCCUUCCUGCCUGUCCUGGGGGGAUCAGUGAACAGCUCAACCUGGAGGACAGACUUCCUGGUGGAGUAUGAAGGGGAGGGGUCUGAUGUGGCUGAUCCAGCUUGCCCCCUGCUGGGCCCGGGGGUCUCCGAGUGUUUCCCUGACUGUGUGUGUGAGGAUUCCUUUAACAACACGUACGCCUGCGUUCGGACCGUCAGCCCCUUUACCAACCUCCAGUACUGCGAGUUUGAUGACAACGAGGUGUUUGUAGAGGUAUAUAACAUGACAGCAGACCCCUACCAGCUCAGUAACCUGGCGAAGACCAUUGACCAGGAGGUCCUGGAGAAGAUGAACCACAGACUGAUGAUGCUGCAGUCCUGUUCUGGACCGUCCUGUAGGACCCCUGGAGUCUACGACACACGGUAUAAUUUUGAUCCUCGUCUGAUGUUCAGUAACAGGAGCCACCGGAGCAACAGGCUGAGACGGGGCCUGAAAUAAGGAGAUGAGAAAGGGAGGAGAGAGAGAGGAGGGCUGUCUGAGCCCAUCCUGCUGUUACCUAGUGGCUGAGACUUCAGCCCAGUUGGGGUCAGAGGGGGACCUGCUGUCCACUCCACACUACAGCACUUUUAACAGGGAGGCCUUUGUCUGUACACAACACACCCCGUCUACCCUGUGUGUGUGUGUGUGUGUGUGUGUGUGUGUGUGUGUGUGUGUGUGUGUGUGUGUGUGUGUGUGUGGUACAGUAGCACCCAGUGAUUCUGUUUAUUUUAAGACAUGGUUUGACUGAUUUAAUUUGACAUGUUGUGUUCGCUAAUUAUAUGAGGAAAAUAAAUUACUACAAAUCA